UAGUAUUUGUUUGAAUAUGGCGUCCUCAAAUGUUCAAUACUACCAACGACAAAAAGAAAACCAAGAUGUCAUUCACAACCAUGAAAGCAAGAGGGCGAAUUUAGAACAACAGCUGAAAGUUCUCGCAAAGACAGAUAAUCGACUGGCAAAGUUGAGAGCAGCAAAAUUGAAGACCUACUGGAAAAAAAUUUGUGAUGACCAGAAGAGAGCUCAGGAACGAAAUGAUCGUAUUGUUCAGGAGUUUGAGAGGAUUGACACUUUCCUUGCGGCAUCAACUGCCAGGACAGAGAAACUCCGGCUACUCAAGAGACAGUAUGAAGAGUACAUAGAGAAAACCUAUCCACUAUGGAUGGAACAGGUGCUACAUCACAGACAGCAGACCCAGCAAUCUCCCGCCCAGGGGGCCCAUCCCUUGAGCUCUCAAGGACCUCCUCAACCCUACCCACAGGGACAGCCCAGCUAUCCUCAUCAUCAGCCUACACCAGGCCACACUCCCCAGUCUCAAUCAGUUGGAGAGGCAGGUCCACCUCCCAUGGAGCCACCUCGUGGCUACAAAGAAACAUCAACCCCAACCAGAAGCACUUACAACCCAAGCCAAAGGGAUGAGAGUCCAGAGGAGAGAGAUUCAUAUGGUCAUGUACUGACAUCCACACCAUUUAGAGGAGAUGAUCAAUAUACACAAAAGCCAAAAACAUCCUCCAUUUAUGCCAACAUAUCACAAGUAAUGCGAAAUCCCACUGAUCAGGAGACAGUCCAACAACAGAGUCAACCCAGGGCUGUUCAACAACAGGUCUCGCAUGUCCCUGCUGAAAGGGAGACAACUGCCUACCAACACAGUGUGCCUGAUCAGGUUACUGAUGUUAGCUUCAGUGAUGAUAUUGUGGAGGAAAUGGUGCAGCAUCCCCAGCCAAUACAGAGUGUACGAAUUGGUCAACAAGUGCACAAACCAGUGCCAGAGUCUCCAGAUAUAUCCCAAUCCCUGUCUGGACCAAUGGAGCCUAACCCGGUUGAUGAAGUGGGUGGAGAUGAAGUCAGUGAUUUUGGAGAUGAUGAUUUACCGUUAAGUACGAGUCAGACAGGACCAGAUCAGCCUCAAAAGAUAGUGACCCAUGACCAGGUAUCUCCUCCCAGCUCUCCGGACGCCACGCCUCGGGAUCGUCCAAUACAAACCGCUGUGACAGGAGGUGAUAGCAGCUCUAGUCCUGCUACCCCAUCUCCGGAGCUACAUCUAGAUGGACUGGUGCGUCUGAUCACUCAUGUCCAGGCUGACUUCCCAGAAGCUUUAUCUCUGGAGGGAUACUACCGUUCUCAUCGUCCUUCCGCCUCCGACCGACGUGAUAUCAUGCAUAAAGGCAACAAGGGCAUCCCGAUGCAUGAUCAGGAUGCUGAGAAGAUCAGCAUGGUGCUGUUGGAACAGCUCCCCCUGGUGGUGAGGAAUUUGUCUCCCAAGGGCCUCCUACCAGACUCUGUUCUUGCUGGCAAUGUAGACAGCAUCACAGAGAUGAGAAUCAGAAUGGCCCUGCCAGAAGCUGCUCAGCCCCUGUGGGACUGUUUGUUUGAUCACCUGUCCCAGUUAGUGCGAAACAAAGUCAUGGUAACUAAGGAAGUGGCCGCCGUGUUUGUUCCUAGUUUGGUGGCCGACUACUCUCCGUACCAGGACAGGGCAUACAACCUUGUAAUCCGCCUCCUUGAAAAGUUUGAUGAGUAUAGACAGGCGGAGAGUGAGGGGAUGACUCCCAGAGAUACCAUGGACAGCAUGAGGAGUAGUCUGGGAGGAGUUAUUAUUGGUCCAGAGGGCAAAGUACAAGUCCCACCACUCAAGUUCGGCAGUUUAGUGGAUAAACAAUUCGGUAGCGAUGAUGAGACCACCACCAUGUUGACCCCGAGCGUCCCCACAGAUGCCCCUAAGGUGCCCCUCAAUGAGACAGCAGCCUACCGUAACAUGUUGUCGGGAACCAUGUCAUCACAGAACAGACAACAAGCCCAUGUCGAUGAUGAGGAUACAGAUGAUGAUGUGGAAAAACAGUUUGCAUCAGCCCUGUCUCCUCGAGACCCUCCCAGCACUAUACCACCUCCUAAAAGUUUUGCUAACCCCACUGACUCCAAACCUGACAAUCAGGCGGAGCCUCUUUCUGAACUCAGUACACCAACUCAGCCAAGUCCGGUUUAUGUUCCAACUGCAGUGCAGAAACAGAGUGUCAAGUCAGCUUUGGGUUCUACGGCUGGGUCAUCCAAAUCUCACAGGAAAGUUGGCAUUCAGUUUAGUUCUGACCUGGACACCGACACAGAACCAGAGAUGCCAAUGGGCAGAAAAACAGAGGAGGAACAAGACGACUUCUUUGAAUUCUAUGGAUGAUCUUGUUUACUAGAAACUAGAUAGACGAUAGUAUAAAUCUGAUAGAUAAUUGAGAUAUAAAUAAUUGUAGAGAUGUAUAUUUGUCAUUGUGUAAGGGACAUGUUUACACUUCCCUGUUUUAUCAGCAGUAGAGGAUUAACAUAUCUACAGAUUUUAAUAUACAUUGGUCUGUCAUUGCAUUUUAAUAUUUCAAACAUGUUACAGUAAGUUAUUUCAAUACUGAGUGUAUAAUUGUUAUUGUAGAUCUGCCAUGUGUUUAAAUGUGUACUGUUUCUGUGAUAUUUUAAACUGAUGUAUAUUCAAUAUGUUAACAAAAUAAAUACCCGG